AUGAAAGUGCCUGUCCCCUUCAUGUCUUCCAAUGACGGCCUUUCCGAGGACACCAUCAAGUACAUCAAGGAUAACAACAUUGGGCAGUUGAUGGAGUACCUCCUGCGUGGCAUCAUCACCGAAAAACCAGCCAAACCGCUUCGCUAUGUACAUGAAUUGACGGCCUCGUCGCUGCCGCCGCGGCUGGCCCUGGCUGGACCGCCGGCAAGCGGUAAGGGCACGCAAGCAGGUUACAUCUGCUCCUACUACAAGCGUACCACUGGCAAGAAGCCAGUCCAUGUCUCAUCGGGCGAUCUUCUGCGCGCCGAAGUGGCUGAGGGCACCCACCUGGGCAAAAUUGCCGAGGACUACAUGCAGCGCGGCGAACUCGUUCCGGAUAGCCUCAUCAUCAGCAUUAUCCGCGGCCGACUGACAAAAGAGGACGCAGUGAUGAACGGGUGGCUACUGGAUGGUUUCCCGCGCAACCGCUCUCAGGCGAUUGCGCUGGACGCGGCAGGCUUGACCCCCCGCAUCCUCAUGGUACUUGACACCCCAGAUGAAGUUUUAUUCGAGCGCGUCGAAGGUCGUCGCACCGACCCGCUCACUGGCACCAUCUACCACCUCAAGUACAACCCGCCUCCUGAGGACGACACAGCGCUGCUUGAACGACUGCAGCACCGCGACGAUGACACCCGCGAGGUGCUUGGCCCUCGCCUAGAUGGGUACCAUUCAAUGGUGAACGACCUACUGGACUACUACGGAUCCAUCAUGUAUCACGUUGACGCGAACCGGCCGAUGUCAGUCAUCACGAAGGACAUCACCGAGUACCUCCAAAAUCACGAUAUCAUGUAG